AUGCUUGUUCACGUGGAGGCUGACGUCAGCCACAUCCCGGAGCACAUGCUCGCUCGCCGGCAGGGCUCUGAUGGACAGUGGUACUACGAGUUAAGUUGCAAGAUUAAGGCCGUUUACCUGUCAGCUUCGACCACAUACACGCUGCUUUACAACAAUCAACGAUAUAACACGGUGACUGCAGAGUAUGUCUAA